AAAUUAGUGCUUCACAAACUGCAAGAAAUGAUCAACGGUUAAAAAUGGAGGAAGAAAAAUUUAAUGCAAGAGAAUCUCAACCUACAUUUACUCCUACAGCAGCUGCGCAGCCAACUGCCCAUGAUGUUGUCAUGGAAGAAGCUACUAGUGAAAAAGAUAAGGUGAUAACGGACUCUGCAGUUGAAGUGAAUGAAGUGAAUGAUCAAAGGAUCGUUGAAGAAUUUCAGUACCUACUGGAGAAGAGUCAACAGCUAUUCGCAGGCUUGAGGGAUCUUCCACCAACUGGUGGUCGCCAGUGGCAACCUUAUUUCCAACGGACUUUUGAAGUUUAUACCAAGGGGGAUAUCGUACAAAAGUUGUUAGAUGAAUUAAAUGGCCUUGUUGAUGACUAUAUAAAAAUCUUUAAACCAAUUGAUUCGGCGGAAUGGAAUCAAGUUCUUACAGAAAUUGACGCGUUUUUGGAGGCUGAAAAGAAGCUUACGCCCCUUUCCCCUGAAGGCCAUUUCUUACCCAUCGCGCGCCGUCUUCAAAUAGAAAGAAGUCCUAGGCUUGAAAAAGAUGGGACACCUAGAUUAAAACUUCAAGAAGCAAUUUUAGUGGGAAACUAUCAGAAUCAAACAAAGUUUUCAGAACUCACUCUUGACAUGUAUCAUAUAUUGCAAUCUCUUGAACGCGAACCAGCUCCUCCGAAGGGUGCACCGCCCAAAACACCAGGUGUUGAAAAUUCUGUGGGUAAUGAAAGGGUAUUGAGCAAAGAUGAUACGUCGACUGAUGAACAAUCAAAUAUAAAUACACCAGUGGAUAAAUCCGCAUCACGAAGAAUGAACCCUCAUAAGUAUUUGUUGCAUAGACCGACUUUCAGUCAACUAAUGGUUUAUAUCUCCACAGCAUUCAAGGAAAUUAAUGAGAAUUCCGCCUUACUAUUAUAUCUUUCGGCAGACGGCACUAAACACGCAAAUGUUAAUGGUGAACAUAAUUUAUCCAAUGGAUAUAUGGGUGGUGUUGCAACAAAUUCUCGCAAACCUGCUGACAAAGCCGACGGAUCUGAUAGUGGAUUAAUUAAUUGUUUACAUCCAAAUGAUUUAGUACCAUUUACUCGAAAACCAUUGUGUAUUAUAGUUGAUAGUAAUAAUAGCACGGCUUUUGCGAAUUUUCCUAAGGUCUUCAACCAACCAUUUCUUUGUCUCAUGUCUCCUGUUGAAUAUCCGUCAUCCAUUCCUGAUGCUCCGAAGAUAGGAAGCCUUUUCACACUAUUCCUUCACGCACCUCUUCUUGGGUUUUCGUUUAUCUCUAAUAUCGAAAGUAUAGACUCUGAAAAAUGGGAAAGAUGUGUGAAUCUUAUAGCCGAGACAGAAGCUAUCAUCAUUGAAUUGUUAAAUCUCUCAAACUUGGAAAAAUCGUUGAAACGAUUUUUACAAGAUGAUUUCCUUCGCCAAUUUCUGGUACGAUUCGUUUUAUGCAGUGCACUUUUGAAAGCACAUAACAGUUUUCAAAAUGAAAAGCAUUUCCCAUCUUCAUGUCCACCAUUACCUUAUACUUUAUUUGAUUCACCUAAUUUACUAGCUAAACUGAGUCAAAUUACAAAAGAAGCCCAGGUUGAAUCAUUAUAUUCAUUCCCUACAUUGGUGGUUGAAGUAAAUGAGGGAGAUUUGUCCCCUGAUGACAAUAAUAUUUAA